UGUAAAUUACCCUAUAUAUAUUUGCAUCAAGUUUAUUCAAAAUUCUAUGUUAUUUAUUUAUUUAUUUUCUUUACUAAAUGUCAUGUAUAAGGACAGAAAAUAACAAUUAACCAAAAAAAAAAAAACUUUUUCUUUGAUUCAAUCCAUUAUCCAUUAAUAAGUAACCUUGAGAUGCCGACUUGGAGCUUUAGAAUUAAAAUUUGAAAAAAUUUUGAUUUAAUUUUCUUAAUUAUUUUUUUCAAAUUCCAUCAAUUUUAUUUCUUAAGGUUCCAAUUCUAUGAGCCGGACAAGUGCAAAUUACGUAGGAUGAAAAAGCUUUGAAUAAGAUGAACAACCUCUCAAAGACGAUGAUGAAGCAGGCCUCGUCUCUAAUGCUGGAGGACAUCCAUACCCAUCACUUCGAUAAGGUGAGUGCAGUAAGUUCGGCGAAGAAAGGGAUAAACCCUAAUAUAGACAUCUGUUUAAUAUGUUCAGAGUAAAUUUGAGCGAAGAAAGGUUUAUGGUUGUAGUAGCAUUACAACUGUUUGACAAAAUGGCUAGGGGGGAAUCUUGCUUUUGUUGGUAUACAAGAUAUAGAGGGAUAGCUAUUUAGCAGUAUAUUUAAUAUCCUAUAUAAGGAUUGAUAUUGUUUAUAAGCAAAUUGUUAUUCCACAAGAACUCUAGCUUCUAUGAAUUGAUUAAAUAAUUAAUAAAAGAAUUCAAAUUCUUUUAUGUUCAUCCCUUCUCUUCUUCAAUCCUUUUCCUAGAAGAACUUUGUUAUAUUGAAUGGUUUUGUGUGUAACAAUAAUAUCCUUGGCACAAAGUACGUAGUAUAUUAUUAAAAGAAGUAGAGACGUAAGAUAGUGAAGAAGAAGGGAAAGCCAAAGCCAUGGAGGCAAAGAAAAGAAAUCAAUCAUGCAAAGAGACGAUCAUACCUUACCUUCCCUAUGGUGUCGUCACCGGUAUACUCUCAAAACUGCCAGUCAAGUCUCUCUUACGAUUGAGGUGCGUAUGCAAGUCAUGGCUCAAUUUAGUCUCCGCACCCCAAUUCAUUACAACUCACCUUCACCAAUCAAUCACAAAUCUUAGUAUCGAAAAACUGCACAUAAUCAUUGCUAGGUGCGAUUUCCAUGACCAUCGACUCUACAAGUUUAACCUCGCAGCUGAGAAGAUUGAUCAUAUUCUUGAGAUCAAGUCUCAUCCCAAGCUUAAGUUCAUUGGUUCUUCAAAUGGGUUGGUAUGCUUCACUUAUGCAGGAGGUUCACUAUUCCUAUACAAUCUCUCCACCAGAGUAUACAAGGAAAUAAAACCAUAUGGCGAUUUUCGUUACUUUGAUGAUCGGUAUAAGCAUGGAUUUGGCUAUGAUCACUCUACUGACGAUUACAAAGUGGUGAAAGAAGAUAAAGAUGGCUUUUACGUUUAUUCACUGAGAAGUGAUUCUUGGAAAAAGGUUGUUCAACAUUUCCCUUACCAUGGCCUUGCUGUAGCUUCUGGAACACUACUGAAUGGUGCCCUCCAUUGGCUUUUGUUGGACACAAUAUGGAUGGAGCCGUUAGCGAUUGUUGCUUUUGAUUUGAUAGAUGAAAAGUUCAGGGAGAUUCCUUUGCCUGAUUUCUCCACUUCGGCUUUUAAAAGUGAAUUGUCCAGAGUGAAGUUGCUUGGAGGAUGUCUUUGUAUACUACCACUACCACAUACUGGUCAUGAAUUUCUUAUAAUGAAGAAAUACGGAGUGAAGCAGUCCUGGACUAAAGUGGAGAUUAAAGCUCCAUACCAUAGGUUUAUGGAGCCAUUGGCUUUGUUCUACAACGAUGAAGCUUUGUUACUGAUAGACUUUGUGGAGUUGGUUUUAUACAACACAAGAGAGGGAACAUGUAGGAAUUUUGUACUCCAGGGUAUGCCAGAUACUAAUACUAAAACGUUUGUUGUGAAAGCAGCCUAUAUGGAGAGCCUCGUAUCGCCCAUCAUGGGAGGUGAAUCAAAGGCAAUAUCAAGAAUAAAAUGAAGUUUUGGAUGAAUGAUUAUUUAUUUAUUUAUUUUUUGAACAUGAUUUAGGAUGAAUGAAUUAGUUUCUAAUAUAUAUAUAAAUGUCUUUUCUAGUUCUAUUUAAUGUCCGAUUCCACUUAUUAGCACUCAAAGGUAAAAUCAGAAUACCUUCCAGUUCAAUAGGCAGCUCGCCUAUUGGUGUGUCUUGUACACUAGCUCUUGAAAGAUGAUUAUUUCGCAUAAUGACACAGCAAGCUUAACAAUUAAGUUGGUUAAGUUGUAAAACAAUUUUGUUAAAUUAAACAAACAAAAGAAGUAGAAGGAGACCCUGUAGUUCUGUACUUGUAUUAAUUUGUAAGUUUUGAAAGUUUCAGUGAAUUAUCCAAUCUAAUAAUUUUGUGUAUGAUUUUAUUUUUAGUCAUAGUAGUUUGAUCGAACUCUAUUCAUCCAUAAUAGCAACUUUUGCAAUUAAUGAAGAAAUGAAUGAUUGAAUGCAUUUGAAUCCCAUUUAGAGAGGGACUCCAAAUUAUAGUGAUCAAAUUGCAACAGAAUUGAAUUUUAAUUAGAGAAUAACAUGUUCCCAUUGUAUUGAAAUAUUUUAUUUAAAAUCAAUUACUUGUGUGAUUAACCUAUC